AUCAUUGUUCAGUCCUGUAAGUGAAUACGUUGCAGAUCGGACAGACAGGAAAAAGAGCAAAAGAGAAUACUGAAAGGGAAAGAGAAAACUACAGCAGCAAAGAUAAACAGGGGAGAUGAAGAUAAAGAGCGGCAUAAGGAGAAGGGGUAGCAGAGAAAAACAGGGUGAAAGUCUAGAGUUAUGACUGAGCUAUAAACACAGUCACAUGUUACUUGCAUAUAGAUAUAUGGAGGAAUCAGUCUAAUGAGGCCCGCAUGGAUUCAUUGCUCUCAGAACACACAAAUACUCUACCUUAUCUUCUGUCUCUGUCAUUACACUCAGGCCAUCACCAUCCAGGUGUCGAGGAGCCCCAUCACAGCACCGGUUCAGGGAAGUGCUCUUUUCUCUGUGGACAUCACAUGCACCGGUACUCCAGAAAUCAGAUGGAUGUUCAGUUCUGUGAGCAAACAGCAAAGCAUUGCAGCUUGGAUGCUCGGUUGCACUGCAAACGUGACGGAAAUGUACGAGGGACGAGUGCAGACUCACCCCAACGGCUCUCUAACCAUAACAGACCUACGUCUACAAGACUCUGGCUAUUACACCAUCACUGUGACUGAACCGUCUGGAAACAGCAAGGACGUGUGUAUGGUGUUGACUGUAACUGAGGUGCUGUAUGAGGACAUUCAGUACUUUAUCGUGUUCAUCAUUGUGUUGGGCACGCUGGCUGUAUUUCUGAUGCUGUGCAUGUGGCUCUUGAAUAAACUACACAACAUCAUAAAGACCUGCAGACAACAGAGACGCUUGCCAGAGCACAGUGAGACUGAACUACAGCCACUGGGACAGAAAUGAACAGAACCGGCCUCCUUCUGAUUAGUGAUUGACCAGAUGAGUGGUAAACUUCACAUCUGCCACAAGCGUUCAUUUUCCUCGACAGUCUCAGACGAGUGUAGAUCAACAUGUUCAAUCACACAGACAUCAACACUGAACUGCAGACCGCAGCAGGACAAUCACAUACUUGUACAUGUGUUAUUAUACAUAUAAAUGGUCAUAGGACGUCCUCUCAAGUACCAG